AUGUUCAUCAAAACCUAUUUGCACACCCACAAUAUUACUACAGAUGAUCUCGUUCCUUUGCGAAAGGUAACUGGUAAAUUCCAAUCCGGCUACAAUCCGUUCACGAUUGGAUGUAUUGGAAAUAUACGGCGAACGUUGUGCGGUAGUCAAUUUCCAUCGUUCACAAAGUAUGAAGAAGCCGCUGCAAAACGAAGCCGAAAGAAUCGUUCAGCUGUGGAAGAUGUAAAAGUGAAUGGUGCAAUGAAGAAAGGGGAUACGGAUGAAGUAGACGAAACAACUGUGUUAUAUGUUCCGGAUAAAGAUGGAGUGAAGGAUGGUCACAUUCGAUUGAAACAGCUACGACUGGCUGACAGCCAAUCAGUUGGAACGUCGUUGUCAUUGACCGGAGCAGACCCGCCUUCUCAGCGAGAACGCGAUGGUUCCACAUGCAACCUGUUUGAUUCAGCUCAAGGUUUGUGCUUUUCCUUUCUCAUGCUAGGAAAGAAUUGUAAUGCGACGUCACAUUCGAAUCGCUCUCUUCAUUUCUAG